AUGAAUGGAGAAGAAAUCACACCUCAGGUCUCUGCCGAAGGGGGUGCACCGUUAGGAAAUUCAAGAAAAAAGGCCAAAUCCGGGUUACUGGACAAGGGGAAGGAGUCAAGGGAAGCAGGGGCCAAUCAGCUGCUGCCACGCACCCCUCCAUUGAAGCAACAGGGUCGGAAGGUGAAGGAGGGAGGAACCAGUCUGGAUGAGCAACUCAGGGACCAGUCAGAAGGUGCCAGGUGUCCGCCUAGUGAGGUGCUGUGUUGGGCGACUAGAAGCAGCAGCAGCCAUCACCCUAAGGCUGGGGUCGUUGGUGAUGUGAAGCAGAGUGAGAGGGGGAGUGAGAGGGGGAGUGAGAGAGUGAGUGAGAAGGAGAGUGUGAGAGUGCGAGUGAGUGAAAGGGAGAGUGAGCAGCAGCGGUUUGAGACUCCUCAGAAAAGAAGGGUGACUAGAGCAGGAAGCAAGGCAGGGGUAGAUGGCACAGCAGGAACAACACGCAAUUCAGGUGCAGUCAAAGCAGGGGCGGGCAGCAGAACAGGAGCAAAGCAAAAUAGACCGCUGUCUUUUGAAGAGAGUCACGGAGUGGGGGGGGUGGACGUAAGUGGAAAAGUGGCCGGUAGACUAAGUCCCAACAGACGCUUGGAUGUGGAUAGAUUACUGGAUGUGACCCCCUCAAGCCAGGUGAAAAAUCAGGUGAAAAUCCAGGUGGAACCACAGGUGUCAGAUAAGUCUGAAAGAGUAGGCAAGGCUGAGGCAGUCUGUGAGGAGAAAACGGAUCGUGGUGCUGAUGAAUGGAUAGGGGCUGCUUCGGAUGAAGUUCCGGGUGCUGCUGAUAGGAAGGGGAGUGCUGCUGAAAAGCUGAGUGCCGCUGAUAAGGAGCUGACGAAGCAGACAAAAUCACAGGUUGUAGCAGAGCGUGAGGUGCGGGAAUCGACGAAGCUGCAGCAUAGGUUGUGUGACGAGAGGAAUGGGCCUGAAGGCAGACGCCACGGUGAAGCGGGGUGUAGUCCGGUGGAGAACGGGGGAGCGAAGCACAGUGCAAAAUCAGCAUCAGCAUCAGCAGCAGCAGCAGUAGGAGGGAAAGGCAUAGAUUCAGCUGCCGCACUGGCGUUUCAAAGGGCGUGUGAGCGAGCAGAGCUUAUGGGAAUGCCCCCACCCACCUGCAGCCUUACCCCCAAUCCCCUCCUCACACCAUCCGCAUCCUCAUGUAGGGAUAAACCGGCUAGGAGGCAGCAGGCGUGGCGGGAUGGGGGUUGUGAGAAGCCUCAGGAGCGUUCUGUGUUGAAGGUCGAAGGCCUUAGGGAGCAACUUUGGCGGGAGGAGUGGGAUGAGGAGGAGAUUGAGAUGGGUUUGAGGGUGGACGGUGGGGAGGAGGGCGGGGAAGGGAGAGGGGAGGGGAGAGAAUUGGACGGAGCAGAGGAGGGAAUUGGGCAGGAGGAGAAGGAAAAGAGGGGUGGGAAGAAAAGGGAUGGGCAGGAGCAGGAGAAGGGAAAGAAAGAGGAGGAGAAGCAGGAAGGGAAGAGAAGGUUGAAAAAGGGGGUGGAGGGAGAGGGCUGUGAGGCAAGGGGAGGGGAGGAGGAGGGUGGGGAGGAGUGCGAUGAGACGUUGGAUGAGUAUGGCGAUAGCUGCAAGCGGUGUCACGAAGUUGGCUUCAUGCUUUGCUGUGACGGCAAGGCAUGCAGCGCCACAUACCACCUGCACUGCUUGGACCCUCCCCUGGAUGACGUCCCCCCUGGCCUCUGUCUUGGUGGUGGGGGUGGUGGGGGUGGUGGCGGCAGUGGUGGUGGUGGUGCUGCUGGUGCUGGUAAUGGGGCAGCUAAGUGCGAGUACUUUGUUAAGUGGAAGGGGUUGUCCCACGCGCACAACAGCUGGGUGGGCGAGGCAUGGCUAGCAAGCAAUGCUCCCAGACAGCUCGCGAUCUUUAAAGCCCGGGCGGCCACAGUGGAGUUCUCCCCCACAUGGAAUCCUCACUGGGCUCAACCAAGAAAACUCAUAGCCAAGCGGGUCACCAGGCCACCUAUAAGACCAGGGGCGGGGCGGGGCAGAGGCAGGGGGUACAGGCCCGACUGGGGGGUGGAGUUUUUUGUCCUGUGGCGGGGGCUGGGCUAUGAACAGUGCACGUGGGAGCCGGCCAAUGGGAGCGUGCUGCAGGAGGCUGCCGGGCGGCGUUUGUUGGCUCGGUUCUGGGAGAGGGAGCAGGGAGAGCAGGGAGGCGGGGUGGUGGAACGGGGGAGAGACGGGAAGGGAGAGAGUCUGGGGGUGUUUUUACCAGGGCAGCAUGCUCUGUGCGCCAUACCGGACCGCGCUGCACCCCACUGGAUUGCAAUGUCUGACGCUCCGAAGCAGCAGCAGCUGGAGAACCUGAACGCCCUCAGGAGCCGGUGGAGGGAUUGUGGUCCCUUGGGAGGGGUGGAGAGUGGUGCAGGGGCGAGAGGGAGGAGGAAGAGCAGCAGGCAACUGGGAGAGUGGGGCGUGCAGCAAAAAGAGUGCGCUGUGCUGCGAGGAGUGAGCUAUGAGGCCCACCCGGCCGCCGCAACCCCCGGCCUCCUCCCUCAUUUUUCUCCUCGCGGCUAUCCUGCCGCCCUCCCCCCCUUUAGCGCCCUUUCCCUCCACAGCUCCUCGGCCUCCCUAGCCGCUGCGGCCCGCGCCACUCCCUUCCGCGGCCUUCUCGCCGCCUCCGCGCCCGCUUCGCCGCGGCCUCCCAGCCGCUGCCGCCCGCGCCACUCCGCGGCCUCGACGCCGCCUCCGCGCCAGCGCAGCCGCGGCCUCGCCAGCCGCCGCCGCCCGCGCCGCUCCCCUCCGCGGCCUCGACGCCGCCUCCGCGCCAGCGCAGCCGCGGCCUCGCCAGCCGCCGCCGCCCGCGCCGCUCCCCUCCGCGGCCUCAACGCCGCCUCCGCGCCAGCGCAGCCGCGGCCUCGCCAGCCGCCGCCGCCCGUGCCGCUCCCCUCCGCGGCCCCGACGCCGCCUCCGCGCCCGCCUCGCCACGGCCUCGCCAGCCGCCGCCGCCCGCGCCACUCCGCGGCCUCGACGCCGCCUCCGCGCCAGCGCAGCCGCGGCCUCGCCAGCCGCCGCCGCCCGCGCCGCUCCCUCCGCGGCCUCGACGUCGCCUCCGCGCCAGCGCAGCCGCGGCCUCGCCAGCCGCCGCCGCCGCCCGCGCCGCUCAACCGCCUCGACGCCGCCUCCGCGUUAGCGCCGCCGCAGCCAGCCGCUGCCUCACCAACCGCGGCCUCACCUGCCGCUACCGCCCGCGCCGCUCUCCUCCGUGACCACUGCGGGUCCACCCGCAGCCGUCCAUCAUGGCUAACGCCACACCCUCCCCCUCCCCCCCUCCCUCCUCCUAUUGAUACCUCCUCCAUCGAUAAACUGCAGCUCGCAGCGGACAAAUCCGCCGUCAACUGGCACUCAUUCGUCGGCAGCAUCCGACGUGUCCUCUCCGACGCAUGGGUUCCCCCCUACCGCGUCCUUGACGUCAUCCUCCGCCGUCCCCAUGCCCUCCCCCCCACCGAACCUGACCACCCUGGCGAGACUCCUCCUCUCCCUCCCUCUCCUGGCGAUCCCCCUCUUGAACCCGACCUCCAGCUCACCGCCGACCAAGCCACCGCUGAUGCAGAUUUCAUCUUACGCCGCCGUGCAUACCUUAUCCGCAAAGCCGAGUACGAUGCAGCAGUUGACGCCUAUGACCAGGCGAUUGCUGGCCGCAAUGCUCACCUCGCCAUCGUCGCCAAAUACAAAGACGACAUGGCUGCCUUCACCCCAAAACUUAUCGCAUGGACAGCUGCUGACACCCGCGCCUGCACCGUUCUCCUUGGUGCUCUCCCUGACUCCCUCAUGCGCCGCUUCCAGGCUCGGGAACUCCGUGCCUCGGUCAUCUGGGCAGAACUCCAUGCCAUGUUUGAGCGCCGGGACAUCAGUUCCGUCGGCAUCCUCUUUCAAGAAUACUUUUCAAUCACCCUCGCCACCUGUGACGGAGCGGUUGACUAUGUCGGACGCAUGAGAGAGGUAGCUGAUCGCCUCGAAGCCCGCCAAGCCGGCCUCUCCGAACCCCUCCAAAUCCACCGCCUCCUUUUUAACCUCACCCCAGACUAUGAAUCCCGCCUUUACGCCUUUACCGAAGCCAAUCCCAUGGCUGAUCUCGCCUCCGUUGAACAGUGGAUCAUUGAUACUGAAGUCAAACUCCGCACUCCCAUUGUCAACCUCGCCUCCUCCCAACCCUCCUCCUCCUCCCUCAACGCUACCCAGCCCCGCAAGCAGAGCAAGAACAACGGCAAAGGAGGAGGUGGGGGCAAGGGAGCAGCAGUAGCAACAGCAGCAGCAGCAGCAGCAGCAGCAGCAGCAGCAGCAGCAGCAGCAGCAGCAGCAGCAGCAGCAGCAGCAGCAGCGGCAGCAGCGGCAGCAGCGGCAGCAGCAGCAGCAGCAGCAGCAGUAGCAGCAGGGGCAGCAGCAUCGGGAGGAGCAGCAGCCGCAGCAGCAGCAGGGGUUCGAGCAGCACCUGCAGCAGCAGCGGCAGAGGGGAACUGCCCGCUCCUCACCCUUCCUCCUCCCUCGCAUGCACACCCGCUCCCUUGA